AUGUCGACUUCACAUACUCCUCAACCCGACAGCUUGAUUGAAGCCGAAAAAUGCAAACAGUAUUGGGAGACGGUUGAUUCAAACGACAAUGGAAUGCUGGGCGGCGUUUUGUCCAUCAUGCCCUCAGUCUCUCGUAUUGAUUUACAAGACCAAGUGGAUGUUGUCGAACCAGUUGUCAAGUUUACAGAUGUUCUAAAGGGAAAGCCAGGUGUAGGCGAAAUCCACAACGUCGGCUUGGAACAAUGGCGACCUUCGGAAGGAGCAUCAUACGACCUGAUAUGGAUCCAGUGGUGCAUCGGCCAUCUCAACGACGAAGAAGUGGUCCAGUUCCUGGAGAGAUGCAAGUCCGUUCUAGAUAAAGAGCAUGGAAUUAUCGUCUUCAAGGAGAAUCUGAGCACAUGGGGUCAGGAUAAGUUUGAUGAGCUGGACGGCAGUGUCACAAGGGAGGAUGAAAAGUUUCAACAGUUGUUCAAGAGGGCCGGGUUGAAGAUUAUCAAGUCUGAUAUGCAACGCGGAUUCCCGGUUGUCAAGAACAGGCAAUUGCUUCCUCUGAAGAUGUAUGCUCUGCAACCAGAGAGUACAACAUAA